AUGGAACAAAAUGUUGAUAGAACUUGGUAUUUAGAUUUGGGCGAACCAAGUCAUUUGAUUAAUUCCAAAAAAUUUUUUUCUAAUUUCCAUUCAGGAUUAGAACACGAGAAAAAAUUUAUGAAAAAUAAAGCUAAUCUUGCUGAAAAACUUACUGAAGAACAAUACAAUACAAUAACAGAAACAUGCAGUGUCCCACAAGAUAAUGAAAUAUCUAAUCAAUGUUUUAUAGAUCCAACUAUUUUCUCUAUAGAUUUGCAAGAAAUGUUAAAUGGUUUACCUUUGGCGAGUUUAAAAAAUGAUGCUAAAUUUAAAGCACCUUUUAAAAAACGAACGGAUUUAAAUUAUAUUACAUCGACUGCAAAUAGCAAUCGUGUAUUGAACAAGAAUGAAAAAAUCAUUGAAGAAGGUACAAAUGAAAUCAUAUAUUCAGUGGCUUUCUACAAUCAGGGGAAGCCUUCGUCACGUAUGCAAGAAUACUUGGUGUUAGGAAGUCAACCAUUGUCAAUUCUAAGAGAUGUAUUUUAUUGUAUUAGAGAUUUUUACAAACCUGAGAACAAUAUUGGAGGAAAUUUAAAUGUAAGUUUGAACAAUGAAGAGAGGAAAAAUCCAUCAAGUUAUUUUUUUAUUGAAGAUGUGUUUUAUAAUGAUUUAAGAGAGCUAGAUGCUAUUGAUUACAGCAAACAUCAAGAGCCUGGACUUGCACUUUACCAUAGUGCAAGAAUGGAGAAGACAUUAUUUAGAGAUCUUUCAAUAAAACUUAAUAAACCUUACCUGUUUUUACAUCAAGAUGAUUGCCAACAUGCCGUGGUAUUUAGAGACAUUAGGGUGGUGGCAAUUAAUGAUUUUUUGGCAGGCGAAACGCCUUCUUAUUUUUGCGAAGUCUGUUAUGAUUUGUUUCACUAUGAUGAAAAUAAUAAAUUGUUAUAUGAUAAUUUUGAGGUGAUAAUUUAA